GAGAGAGAGAGAGAGAGAGAGAAAAGCGCAGCGUUUUCCGAUGGACGAGACUGUCGCAUCCCCCUCCCCUGUCCCCUUCGCCAUUGUCUCUUAUGAGAUUGUAGAAGAAGAGCACUAGAAGAGCAAACCCGUUAAGCUUUCCUGAAUCUUUCUCUAUUCUCUGUCUCUCUUCUUCUUCCUUCAAUGGAUUCUGGAGUUUAAGAUGGUACCUUUGAAAUCCUCUUCGCCAUUGCAUUAAAUUUUCCGGCUCCCAUGAGGGAAUGAAUGAGUUCGAGACCUGUCUCCAGAGAGGAUUUAGCGAUAAGCGGUGGAGACUGGACAUAGAGAGGAGCGAGGAAGAGGAGGAGAUGAAUACUAGAGUUCGGACUGCGGUGCAGGGCAUGAGAGCUCCUCCGAAGCACGAUAAAGAGAUGGAGAAGGAGAAGAAGACUGAGGUGCAGGGAAGUAGAUUGAUGGAUGCAAGGAAGGGGCUCAAUCAAUGCCAGUCCAGAAGAGAAAGGAAGAUUGCAUUGCAGCAAGAUGUUGAUAAGCUAAAAAAGAAGCUUAGACAUGAAGAGAAUGUCCACAGAGCUCUGGAGAGGGCUUUCACUCGACCUUUGGGUGCUCUUCCUCGACUUCCGCCAUAUCUCCCUUCAUAUACUCUAGAGCUGCUGGCUGAAGUAGCUGUUUUGGAGGAAGAGGUGGUUCGGCUUGAAGAACAGGUGGUGAAUUUCCGGCAAGGCCUCUAUCAGGAGGCCAUUUACAUCUCAUCCUCCAAGAAAACCAGGGAAAGCAAUUCUGAUUCGUAUUGUGAUCGAAACCCAUAUCAGAAUUCCAAAACCAUGGAGCAGGCGAAACCUUUUGCCCGCUUAGCUUAUGCUGAAGAUUCAAACAUCAGCAAGACUUCGGUCUCGAUGAGGUGGUCUUUGGAUGCGGAUUCAAAUCGGCCUUCCUCUAAUCGGUUUGCCGAUGGCAAAAAGGCACCCAAGAAACCAAAGUCUUCUUUGGCCUUGCCAGAGGAUUGCCGUGGAAAAGAGAACCAGUUGAAUACCAACUCUGCUGGGAAUUGCAAGCAAUCACCAGUAAAGAAAGUUUCAAAAAUAACAAUGCCUGCACCGGUGGAAAAGCAUUCAGAUGCCAAGACAGGCUGCCAAGUGAUGACUAGAGAAGGAGUUGAAGAGGGCUUUCGUGCUGCUUCUGAUAAGGCAGCAUCAGAUGAUUCCAGCGGCCCGAACAAAUUAUCUGAGGAUAUCCUAAACUGUAUUGUAAAUAUUUUCUCACGGAUGAGUUCGCCAAAGAACACAAUGGAAGACCUGGAGAUGUCUCCAUCUGUUUCUGGUUCUUCUGUAAGUUCAGAGGAGACCGACUUUCGAGAUCCUUAUGGUAUCUGUUUGGAAUUUGGAAGAAGGGAUAUUGGCCCAUAUAAACAUUGCCGUGCAGUUGAAGCAAGCUCAGUCGAACCGAAUGUUAUCACGAGUGCUCCAUUACUUACUCGUAGACUAAAUCAUUUACUCAGAAAGCUUGCAUUGGUGGAUUUGUCGAGGCUUACACACCAGCAGAGGCUUGCUUUCUGGAUCAACACUUAUAAUUCAUGCAUGAUGAAUGCAUUUCUAGAGCAAGGGAUACCUACUAAUCCUCAGAUGGUUGUCACUCUGAUGCAGAAGGCUCUGAUUAAUGUGGGUGGCCACUUGCUCAGUGCAAUGACAAUCGAGCAUUUCAUUUUGAGGUUUCCCUAUCACUCAAAACAUGCCCACCCAAAAGGAUCAAAAAGUGACGACAUUACAACAAGAGGCAUAUUUGGUUUGGAGUGGCCUGAACCCUUGGUAACAUUUGCGCUCUCAUGUGGAAGUUGGUCCUCCCCUGCUGUAAGAGUUUACACCGCGUCUCAGGUCGAGAAUGAGUUGGAAACAGCCAAAAGGGAUUACUUACAAGCAGCAGUUGGUAUAUCCACACCAAACAAGUUGGCGAUUCCAAAGCUGCUAGAUUGGUACCUGCUUGAUUUCGCAAAGGAUGUGGAGUCACUGAUGGACUGGAUUUGCUUACAACUACCAAGUGAAUUGAGGAAUGAUGCAGUUAAAUGCCUUGAGAUGGGAAGAAGAAGUGCAAUUCCACAGCCUAUACAAGUCCUUCCAUAUGAGUUCAAGUUCAGGUACCUAUUGGCCCCAUAGAGUAUUCUCUCUGCGUCCUCCAUAGUUCAUGGACUGAAGGUUUUUGUACACAUCUUUAUAAUAAAACAGGUUGAAAAUGCAGAGCUUAUUUAUUUGUCCGA